CCUGCCGAUGCUGAUGCAUCACAAUAUCACCGUAAUCUGUUUAAUUCAAGCAUAGCUUUGUUGCAUAGAAUGUCGGACAUCUCAAGGUUCACAAGCAAAUUUCGAGCUCGUAAACCUACGAGUCCUUCAAGUAGGACUUCGGUUGCGAAAGUCACGAAAUCACCUAGAGCAUCCUUUGUAUGCGAUCCUUGCAGGAAAUCCAAGCUCCGAUGUGAUAGAGGCCAGCCCUGCAGUAGCUGCGUUAUGAGACAUGGAUCAGAUGCUUGCUCUUAUCAGUGGACUGCGGGUUCACCAGCUAAUCACAACGACCGGAGCACCAUUGAAGCCAGGCUGACGCAUUUGGAGUCUUUGAUUAAGUCUGUGAUGCAUAAGGAAGAACUUCCAUCGGGGAACGAUGAACUAAUUCCAGAGUCAUCCCAUUGUUCAAUAAACGAUGCUGUUGUUUCGUCUCAAAGUGACACACCUGACUCUGCAAGAUAUGUCGGUUCCACACAUUGGUCUGCUAUUCUGAACGACAUUCACGAGCUGAAGUCGACUCUGAGUGGCGCUUCUGAGGUCCAGCAAUUUGGGAGACGUACUAUGCCAGAGACUCCUGUCCCAGGUACUGAGCUGAUCUUUGGGUCGCCACAUCUUUACUCUUUGCAACAAGUCAUAUCUAGAUAUCUUCCUUCGAGAGUUGAGGUUGAUCGUUACCUUUCGUCAUACUUUCAGGGCAAAACCUUCGGUAUUCCGUUCAUUCACACCUAUCACUUUCAGCGCCAGUACCAAGAAUUCUGGGCUAAUCCGAACAAUGUCGACCCCCUUUGGCUUUCCAUUCUAUUCUCUAUUUGCUGCUCGGUAUCUCUAAUUAAGGAGACAACUAGCCCGGGUUGUUCCUUGCGAAAGAACUCGGCCCCCGAAAGUGCUAAGCUCCACACGGCUGCUGGACAAUGCCUUCUCAUAGGAGAGUAUCAUCGGCCACGGAAACUUGCAGUGGAGGCACUUACGCUCUAUGCACAGUGCAAAUAUCUACAAAGCAUGGACCCGUGCCGAGAAGCCGGGGCGGUUCUAGCCAUGGUUGUCCGCAUGGCGUACGAAAUGGGCUACCACCGAGAUCCAGAUACCUUCGGAUCUCUGAGCGUCUUCGAAGGCGAAAUACGUAGACGUUUCUGGGCUUCAUGUAAGCAUAUGGAUGUGAUGAUCAGCUUCCAGCUCGGUCUGCCGAGCAAUAUUUGUCUCGAGAGCUGUGACACGAAGUCCCCAAGGAAUCUCUUGGACUCGGACUUUGAUGUGGAUACACAGGUCUUGCCCGAGUCGAGACCUGAGAGUGAACCUACAAAUCUCUUGUGGUUUGUUGUCAAAGACCGACAAAUUACCAGUUUCAGCAAGGUCUGCAAGUAUAUGCUGUCGUUUAGAGAGAAGCCAGAAGUUGAUUUGCUUCGACUGGACGAAGAAAUCCGGCAAAUGUAUGCGACAACCCCCGAUGUUUUGCGAGCUCGCCCUCUCUCAGAGUCGAUUACAGAUGCGCCCUCUCUCAUAAUAACCAGACUAUACAUCGAGUUCAUCUAUCUAAAGAGUCUCUGUGUUCUGCACCGCGGAUAUAUGGUCCGAGGUAAUGUUAACAGUACUAAAUCCUGUGUCGCGGCUGCGAGGAGGCUUGUUAGUCAAUUUAUCGAUAUGCACAAAGAAUUCUCUCCCGAUGGUCAACUACAUGCGGUGCGCUGGAUGCUGACAAACUUCACCAUGAGUGAUUUUCUGCUGGGCGUCAUGGUGCUCUGCCUGGGGGUGCAUAUCCAUCGCAAACGAACGCCAAGGACUAGUACUAUCGAUUCCGUCACAGAAGCUGAAGUGCUCUCUUUGCUUAAGCAGUCGCAUGAAAUUUGCGUGGAGAAGUCCCAGGUCUGCAAAGAAGCAAGACGAGUUUCCCAUGCUUUGCAUGUCGUUCUGAACCACACUGAGACGCCCGGGGAGCCCGAAUCACAACCUGCAGGCGAUGUCACAUCGGGUUUCAACUCUACAUUACCGCCUAUGCAGGUAGAGAAUACAGAUGUCCAGACAAAUAUACCUCCUUUUGAUUCGUUUGACCCCUUCAACAUCAUGGGCAUCGACUUUGAAAAUAUCGACUGGGCCGUUUUCGACUCUCAAUUGUCCGUCUAAAAUACACGUAUACGUCUAAUCGCACCCG